GAGCAUAGAGCACGGACGCGUGUCGCCAUCUUGUCUGUCAAAGUUCCCGCGCGAAUUCCGAACUUUUUUUUCCAUUGCAGUUUUUGAAUUCCGAAUCGCCGUGUGUUUUUUUUGUGCAUUUGUGUGUGGCAUGGAUUUUUGAGGUUCUACUCAAUUUUUCGGACUCUGGAAAGAUUAAAAAUGGAGUUGAAAUCACCGAAAGCGAAGAAAAAGUCGAGCUUCGCGAAGCUAGUGUCGUGGGGCAAAAUGUUCCGUGCGCCGAUACUCAUGCUGUUCCUUUUGGGCAGCACUAGCUGUGACGACAGUGAUUCUAGUGACGAACUGGUGCCCCUAGUUCCAAAAUCAAACAUUACAAAUUCAAAUAACUUUUUAAACGAACCGAAGUGGAGGCAUAAGCAUACACAUGUGCUGCCUAAUGUGAACGUCAGUUUUAGUGACAAGGAGGUUUUAAGUGACAUAAGAUAUUUGCGGAGGAGGUUGAAUAAGGAGAUUGUGAACUUUGUGAUGACGGAUUUUCUUGUUGAUGGUGAAGUGGAGAAUCGGAUCCAUUUUAACGGCAUCACGGCGAAAGAGACAUCUGUUGGGGCUGACGGACUCGGGUUGAAACUCCGGCAGUUGACAGAUGGACGCCAUUUUGUUCAAGUAAUUUACGCGCCAAACGGCGAAGUGCAAGACUGCGAAUACAUAACGCAAGGGAAAUCAGCCAGGAACUUCUUAAAAACUUUGAGAAAAGAAUUAAAACUGGCCUUAGACGAAGAAGGUUACAGAUUGACACAGAAAAAAAGAAGUGACGAUGAGGAAAAAUUUUACCGCCAAUUUGGUAAUUUGACAUUACGAAUACUGAGGAAAGGCGAGCGAUUGCCACCAGAUGUCGCUACUUGGUUCAAUUACGACAGAUUAAAAAUGGAAUGCCUACAAAGGCACGAAGAACUGGCUCAUAUGAUGGAAAAUAGGAACAAAAUCUCAGAGAAUUCUUUAGCUAGACCGAAACGCGACGCGAUGGAACUCCUUCGAGUACCGGGUACCAAAUGGUGUGGCAAGGGUUUUUCUGCCACGCGGUAUUCUCAACUCGGAGGGUAUACAAGAACUGACAGAUGCUGCAGGGUCCACGACCUAAGGUGUCCGUUUUGGAUCGGGGGUAUGGAGAAGAAGUAUGGGCUGUACAAUUGGCGCGUAAACACGCUGAUGCAUUGUCGCUGCGACGAAAGGUUCCGCGCGUGUCUCAAGCUGGCAGACACCUCAGUCUCCAACAUGGUGGGCAAGCUGUUCUUCAACGUAGUCCAGACCAAGUGCUUCGUGCUGAAACCAGUGAAGAUCUGCACCAAGCGAUCCUGGUGGGGCCGGUGCCUCAGCCGGGGGUACCAUAAGCAAGCCUUCUUGAGGGACAACUUGCCGUAUUAGGCUUUUUAUUUAGAUGGUAAUACCAAUAAAUUGGCAGGUACUCUGAGGGAAGAUGACUUUGCCACGGGGACACUUCUGCAAGCCUUCGGCCUCAGCCUCGAACUUAGCGGGCAGCGGGGCGGCGGCGGCGCCAGUAGCGCCCUCCUGUCAAAAAAUCGUCGGAGCGAAGGGUUUGCGAAACAAACAGUCAAGUAUUUUUAUCUUAGCUUUCGCGAACUGUCAAAUUUUCUUUCGCGCGGUUUGCACAUGGCCAGUGUCUUGUUUUCUUUCUUUCAAAACCGCAAAAAAAAUAUCUUAGCUCCGAAAUAAAAAAAUCUCUAUGUGAGAUUCAAUCCUCAAACAUUUUUGAAGAUUACUUGUGUCAACAUUUAGAUCUGAGGAAUAAAACUAACUAGUUAUAAUGAAGUGGCACUAGUAACUUUUAGCAGAUACCAAAUCUCAAGUAAAAACCAAAAUGGGACACGUAUAACCCGAUCGAGCUAACUGCGCACUUCGCUGAAUGCGACUCCCUCGCACUCACCCGCACACCUCCCCGCGUUCGCCCCGUCCGUACCAGUGCGGCGAUGUGACGUCACGGCUGCUAGGUUAACUCGACCGGGUUAAGUAUUUAUUAAGAUCAAAUCGACGGCUAUACGAAACUUAAGUUACUCGAUAUGCAGUUACUAUGACUUCCUCAAAUUGCAAAUAAUAAGUAAUUUGUGAAGUUUCAACUCCAUCUUGCCAAAAUACUAAUGUAAGUAUUGUGUAAUUUAAAAAUUAGUAAGUAAGUAGUAGAGUAAUUUUUAAAACUAUGAACCGUCAUCAAGCAUCAUUGAAUUAGAAAACUAGCGGCUGUUUGAGAUAGUACCUAUCAUGAAGAAAGAUCAUCUAUAAAUUACGUCAUACGAAAUAAAUGAUUAUAAAUUCGAAAACCAAACUUCCUAAGUCUAUCCCUUAAAAUUCUAGGUUCCUAAACCUUAUUAUUAAGAAAAACAUAACUGAACCUAACAUUCAAGAAGCUGACACAAGAAACUAGGCCUUUCCAAAAACUAUCCUAGGAAAAAUCUAAGUACUUUCAAACACCUGUCUUUAAAAAACCCUACUUGGGUAGGAUUUAAACCUAACUCGCGAAAAGGUACCUCGCGAAAACUUAGUUUAGGUAGGUACUACAAUCUAUCCUUCGAAAACCUAACUUGCGAAAAGCUAACUUGGAAAACCUAACUUGUGAAAACCUAACUUACGAAAACCUAAUUCGCGAAAACCUAACUUACGAAAACCUAAUUCGCGAAAACUUAACUUGCGAAAACCUAACUUGCGAAAACCUAACUUGUGAAAACCGAACCUACGAAAACCUAAUUCGCGAAAACUUAACUUGCGAAAACCUAACUUGUGAAAACCUAAUUCGCGAAAACUUAACUUGCGAAAACCUCACUUGCGAAAACCUAAUUCGCGAAAACCUAACUUGCGAAAACCUACCUUGUGAAAACCUAACUUGCGAAAACCUAACUUGUGAAAACCUAACUUACGAAAACCUAACUCGCGAAAAACUAACUCGCGAAAACCUAACUUGCGAAAACAUAAUUUGGAAAACCUAACUUGCCAAAAACCUAACUCACGAAAACCUAACUUGGAAAACCUAACUUGUGAAAACCUAACUCGCGAAAACCUAACUCACGAAAACCUAACUUGUGAAAACCUAACUCGCGAAAACCUAACUUUGGAAAAUCCAACUUUCGCAAAACCUAACUUGCAAAAAUUGCUUAGGGUGGGUUGCACCAUCUUACUUUGACUGUAACAAACGUCAAAAAUCUGUCAAACUCCAUACAAAAAUCACCGGUUAUCGUUAAAGUUACGGUCAAAGUUUGGUGGUAUAACUCAGCCUUAGAUUUUGAAAUUAAGGCGUCACAAAAUUAGGAACCGGAACCCCUUGUCACGUAUGAUGUAAUUUAUAGAUGUAAAAUUUUGUAAAACUAGCCAUUUUAAACUAAAGCAAUAACUUUGCCUUUUGUAUAUACUCGUAGAAAUGAAAUAAUCAUUGAAUAGGUGUAAUAGUAAUGUCAGUGCUAUAUUUAUUUAGAGAAUUGCGUUCUCUGUAGCAUUAGCAGUUAACCGACAUACGAUAAACUAGUAUUUAACUCCAUCUAGCGGGGAGUAGUGGUACUAAGUAGUGGCAAUUGUUAAAAAAAAUACACAUGGCUGUGCUUACCACUUGGCGCCUCUGGCGUGACUAAUUGGCGCCAACUGGAGAGCGCGAAUUCAACGGCCUUCAUAAAAUUUUAACACUGCAGAAAAUAAAAUAAAAUUAUAAUUAAGUGUUUUUGUGUUUUUCUCUGUGCACUAAUGGACGCGCUCAAAGCAUUUCGACAACAAAGUUACCUAUAAUUUAUUUUCUUAACAUUUGUUUAUCAAAUAUUUAUUAGUUUAAGUAAAUGUUAUUAAAUUAAGAUCAUUAAAACUUAAUUAGGAUAAGUAUUAAUAGAAUAGUUGUGUAUUUGCCAUGGAUUAUUCAGAUUAAUAUCGACACUUUGAAUUGACAGCGGUUACAAAAAGUUGAACGAAGCAAAGUAACAGUCAAUCUGCUAACGGAAAAAUGAAUGGAUGAAGGCAGUAAGUCGUAUUUCGGAUUUUUCGCUGUUCUAUGCUUAGAUAAAGGUAAUAUGUGCAUACAAACGGUUUUAACCCUUAAAAGAGGCUAUUUAUGUAAUUCUCUGUCUGGUUGAUGAAACCAACUGGCCUAACAAUGGCGCACUACGCACGUAAAAUUGUCGUGUCUGUAAAAAUAUCUGAAUAGUCCAUGUGAAACAAUAUUGUGUACGUUUAUGCAAUAAAUUGAAGUUCCUCUUUGACAAUAUUUGUGUAUAGUAUAACUUUGUGAUGUCUACGUGUUUUAGGAUAAUAAAUAUUCAUGUGAAGCUAAUUUACUACAAAUGUUUUCAAUUUGUUCACCAAUUAUUAGGUGACAUAUCAAAUCGUCUUGAAAAAUAUAAUGCUAAGGUCAUAGCAGACUUAUCAACUCGGAAAGUGAUCAACACCGUAUCGCCUUUCGCGAGCCGUCGUUGCCUUUCGCGCGCCAUACAAAGAACCGCCAUGAGUUGAUACGGGUUACGCUCCCUUUCCGGUUUGAAAAGUGUGCUACUUUCUUUAUAAUUAUUUGAUAAUUUGAUAUUAUUAAGAUACCUAUAAAUAACACAAAUAUUUGUAGGAGAUAGUCUACAAAAUGUCAAUCGGUUAAUUCUAAAUGUAAUAAUAACAUUUCAUGAAUUUAUUAGGGUCUCUGAAUGUAGAAGUGACUCGGUUGGAAGUACUUAGAACCACCGUAUUAUAAACCUAGCGAUCUAGAACCUAUACCGACAACAAGGUAUUGUUGUAAAAUAUUUUUAACAAACCCACACUUCACAGCUAACGCCCGUAUUCACAAUCGAUGCUUGCUUAAGUGAAGCAGCAAAUCGAACGCAUAGCGUUGAAUAGAACUCUGUGAUUGGUUCGUGUGUCACCCUGUGCGUCCUUAAGACCCUAAUAGUAAUGUUUGUGAAUAGGUACGGGUAUAUAUGUCUAGGCCAGGUUUCUACCUGUACCUUAGAGCUUACGAAUUAAAAAGAAAAAAAUGAUCAGUUAUUUAUUCACCACUUAUUGAAAACCAUUGCUCUGGCUCAAUAAAUUAAUACAGCAUUUCCAUAAUUGCGCCCAGUUGGCGCCGCUAUCGAGUACGGUCUUAUCACUUGCCAGUGGCGCCAACUGAUGAGCUCAAAUAUAAAUUAGCUGUCUAAGUAAAUGGGAAGUAGUCAAUCAUUUUAUUGAAAUGAAAUGAAGUUUUAAUAAAAUAAUCGUCUUAUAGAAUAAUGGUCAAGACGUUAAGUGUAAAAAUCUGGUUGUGUUAUGUGAUACCUAAACUCUUGGUAACUUUUAUGAUUAUAUUGUCAAUAUUUUACGAUUAGUGACGUAAAUUUUACAUUUUGCGACGGAUAUUCAUUGCACCACUUUCAAAAUUGGAUAAGACCACCUAUUUAUAUGUGGUGAGUGAGAUAUGUCAUUUUUACUAUCGAUGAUGAAUAAAUAAUACAAUAAUUCUACACAAAACCACCCCGUUGCAAAGUGUAAAACCUAUAAACGUAGAGCAUAAUAAAAUAACUUUGUCAUUAUAAUGAUCAAAUCUUGUUCUAUUUCCUGAAUUGCUGAAUACAGCAUUGUUCUAACUAAAAGGAGUUUGCUGCGGGCCCUCAGACUAUGCGGGCCCCAUAAACUUUUCUCUUUUGUGCCCAAGAUUGGGUUUAGCGACAUCUAUCGGGGUGUAGUGCAAGCAAUUAAAGCAUGCUUUUUUACUCCCAUGCUGCUCUUAGCAGUGUUUUAACAUCCACCAAAACUACGCAGAAUUCUUUUCAAUAUGAAAUAUGUAAAUACUCCAGCAUGUUAGCCUCUGUACGGGAUAGAGAUGUUUUAAUAUUAUAGAGAACUUUUAUUUUUGUUUUGAAUAUUAAUAGCGAAAUAAAUAUCUUGUAAAUAA